GGACGGGAAGCGCGCUGCUGUCAACUUGUGACAAAGCUCGGCGUAACGUUACGGCUUCUGCUGAUGUUAUUUGUGCCCAUCAAGAUCUAGUCUACCUGUGCAUCGUUGACAACAAUUAGCAGCAAGUGCUGAUUGCUGCUGCUUGGCUUAGUGCAGCACCUGGCCUCACAAAUACGAUGAGCCUAGCUGAAAGCAUCACUGCCAAAACAGCAUGUCACAGCCCUUCCAACGUCGGCGGUCAGGUCGAGGUUGGCAUGCAGUGCAGCUUGCCUCUUGCUGACAAGUCUGUCGGCUGCUCGUUCAAAGCAGGGAGCAAGUCUAGGAGCGUGCAGACUACGGAGGCUGUGGAUCAGUCAAACUCCACCUCAGGCCUCACAAAUACGAUGAGCCUAGCUGAAAGCAUCCCUGCCAAAACAGCAUGUCACAGCCUUUCCAACGUCGGCAGUCAGGUCGAGGUUGGCAUGCAGUGCAGCUUGCCUCUUGCUGACAAGUCUGUCGGCUGCUCGUUCAAAGCAGGGAGCGAGUCUAGGAUCGUGCAGACUACGGAGGCUGUGGAUCAGUUAGGCUCCACCUCAGCAUUGAGGCCUUCUAUUUCUCCGUCAACUGCCAACUGUGACAACUCAAAGGAAGGAUGCCUCCACCAAUGUCACCUAUGUGACUAUGAGUCUGAUGAACUGUUUCAUCUGGAAGCACAUGCCAGUGUCCAUACUGGCGAGAAGCCAUUUCAGUGCCCUUCAUGCCAUAAAAGCUUGUCGAACAGAUACAACUUAAACGUUCACCUGCGCACCCACACAAGCGAUAAGCCAUUUGAGUGCCCUUCAUGCUCUCAGAGCUUCGCACGCAAGUAUACCCUCAAAGUCCACCUGCGCACCCAUACAGGUGAAAAGCCAUAUCAGUGCCCUUCAUGCUCUCAAGCCUUCAUAAAGAGAUAUAACUUAACGUGCCACCUGCGCACCCACACAGGUGAGAAGCCAUUUGAGUGCUCUUCAUGCUCUCAGAGCUUCGCGUACAAGACUAACCUGAAUGUCCACCUGCGCACCCAUACAGGUGAGAAGCCAUAUCAGUGCCCUUCAUGCUCUCAGUGCUUCAAAAGCAGAUAUGACUUAAAGUGCCACCUGCGCACCCACAGGUGAGAAGCCAUUGGAGUGCCCUUCAUGCUCUCAGAGCUUCUCACAACAGGCCCAUCUAAAAAACCACCUGCGCACCCACACAUGCGAGAAGCCAUUUGAAGUGCCCUUCAUGCUCUCAGAGCUUCUCACAACAGGCCCAUCUAAAAAACCACCUGCGCACCCACACAUGCGAGAAGCCAUUUGAAGUGCCCUUCAUGCUCUCAGAGCUUCUCACAACAGGCCCACCUGCACACCUACACAGGCGAGAAGUCACAUCAGUGCCCUUCAUGCACUCAGAGCUUCUUACAAAAGGUCCACCUUGAGACACACGAGGCAAGAACCCAUUUCAAAGCCCUUUAUGCCUUCAGAGAUUCUCGUUGAAGAAUGCCCUGAAGACACACCAGCUCAUUCAUACAGGUGACCGGCCAUAUAGUUGUAACGUCUGCUCCAGGUCCCUUAUGCAGUCUCAUCAGUUGAGCAGACAUUAAAGAUCACAGCACCAUGAUACUCUAGGGUAGGUCAACAACCAUGUUGAACGAGAAUCUGAAUUAGAAAUCUACAAACUUGUAGCUUGUGUCAUAGUGUUCUACUGGAUAAGGUAGCACAAGUGUCUCCAUGCGCUCAUAAAGGGAAGGUUUAGCUCAGGCCCAACUCUGAUGCUGCCUAUUCAAAUACAUGUAAAAUGCAGGAACACUUUUCUGAGAUAACCACUGGACCAAUUAUUAGGAAAUUUGUUACUUUUGAGACAAAAAGGUAAAUUCUAGUGAGGGCUGGAUGCAGAAUCUUGAUUUAAGGCCUUAAUAUUAUUGGAAUUUACAGAUUUGAAAAAAAUUGACACAAGAAGUUAUUAAAUUUGCAAAUCUGUGCCUGGAAUAGAUAUCGUAGUUCUGUAAACUGCGUACGGUAGAUCAUCCAAAGCAGAAAAAUUUGAUGUUUCAAUUUAUAUCUUUCAUCAAUUUGUUACAUUGUUUAUGAGUUUUUUUUCAAAGUCCUACUCACAUACUAGUGCUAUAUUUGAAAGCCUUGUUUAAUAUAUCAGUUUUGUCCGCUUUAGAUGUGUCCUAUUUGAUGCAUUUGACAGAAUUGUGAUAUUGUUUUUCAUUGCCGAGUUAGAGUUGUAUACUUGAUAGUUUCACUUUCGGAAAAUUUGUAAUUUUCAACCAUUUUUAUUAAGAGAUUCACGGCCUAAAUAAAGCAUUCACUAUGAACAGUCGCGAGAUUCUAACUAUUUGUUUUAAAUGCAACAAACCUCAUCAAAUUUGGUGCAGCAGUUGUCGAGAAAAAAAAUUUAUUCUUUCUCAUGUAUUUAGAUAGGAGCCCUUAAGCUACACGUUCCUCUUAAAGGGUCCCUGAAACACUCUUUUUGGGGUCAUCAUAUUUCCUCUAGAUGUUUUCUCAACAUGUUAUC